AAAUAUUUUCUGCUUUUCCUUAUAACAGAGGUGCCCUAUAAAGAAAAAACCCAGAAUAUCCAGACUCAGAAUCUAAAAUAUUAGCUUGGAGCUCAGCUGAUGCACCUGAGGAGGUGACGGCUUCUUGAUUCAGUUUUAAUGCCUUUUCUUUAGCCAAAACCUGUUUUCUGCAGAGCCUGGGGGGUAGCUGAUGCCAUGAUGAGACUGUGGGGACUGUGUGGUUGUUUUCUGUGUGCUCAUUCCAUAUUCAUACUGUCGGAAUCUGUGACUUAUUCCAGAUUUAGAUGUCUCAAUGGAUACGUGGAGCUACUUCCGUACUUGCCUGGCGUCCAUAUGGCUGCACAGAUUUUACAUCUACUCUGCUCUUGCUUUGGGGAUCAGCCUUUGGAUUGUCACUCAGUUCACCACCACCAAAACCAAAAAGAAGGGUGAAAAAUCCAGUGGGAAUCCCACUUCCUCCAAAGGAACAGAAGACAAGCUGGUAAAUGGAUGUGCCACCCCUCAGGCAGAGGAGGUGUAUGUUGCUGGGGUAAAGAUCUUCUAUGGCUCUCAGACUGGCACAGCAAAGAGAUUUGCCAAAGCUCUGGCUGAAGCUGUUACUUCCCUUAAUUUGCCUGUGGAAGUCAUUAACAUGGGAGACUAUGACCCAGAUGAUUGUUUAGCAGAGGAGACAACCAGCAGGAGCAUCUGUGUGUUCCUGGUGGCCACGUACACGGAUGGGCAGCCCCCGGAGAGCGCGGCCUGGUUCUGCAAGUGGCUGGAAGAGGCAGCCAACGACUUCCGCGUCGGGAAAACCCACCUGAAGGGGCUCAGAUACGCCGUGUUUGGCCUGGGGAACUCGGUGUAUGUGGAUCAUUACAACACAGUCGGCAGGAGGAUGGACAGGUGGCUGUGGAUGCUCGGUGCCAGCCGUGUGAUGACCCGCGCCGAGGGCGACUGCAACGUGGCACAGAGCAGGCACGGCAGCAUCGAGGGCGACUUCCAGGCCUGGAAAGCCAAAUUCCUCACUCGGCUCCAGGCCCUCUGCAGGGGGGAGAAGAAGCCCUGCAGUGGGAAGUGCAAGAAAGGGAAGUGCAAAUCUCCAGGGAAGCAGAGCAAGGAGAGCUCGGAUCACGAGCGCGGGGCAUCGGAGCACGAGAACACUGAGGCAGAGGAAUUGUUUGAAACCAGUAGUGAGGAGGAAGCUGAUGCUGAGGAAGCUGGAGGCACCAAUUCUAUCAUUGAUGUUGAAGAUCUUGGCAAUAUCAUGGGCCACAUGAAGAAAGCAAAGAGAGAACAUGAGCUGCAGGAAGGAGAUGUUGGGAGGAGAGAGAACCCUGGGAGGAAGGAGGAGGAGGAGGAGGAGAAGAGGGAGAUGAUAACGCCGGCCCUGAGGGACGCGCUCACGAAACAAGGUUACAAACUCAUUGGGAGCCAUUCCGGGGUGAAGCUCUGCCGGUGGACAAAGUCGAUGCUCCGGGGCCGAGGGGGCUGCUACAAACACACCUUCUAUGGGAUCGAGAGCCACCGCUGCAUGGAGGCCACCCCCAGCCUGGCCUGUGCCAACAAGUGUGUCUUCUGCUGGAGACACCACACGAACCCCGUGGGCACAGAGUGGCGCUGGAAGAUGGACCAGCCCGAGCUGAUCCUGCAGGAGGCCAUUGAGAACCACCAGAACAUGAUCAGGCAGUUCAGAGGUGUGUCAGGAGUGAAGGCAGCUCGCUUUGAGGAGGCCCUGACAGUGAAACACUGUGCUCUGUCCCUGGUGGGGGAGCCCAUCAUGUACCCCCAGAUCAACCGCUUCGUGAGACUCCUGCACCAGCACAGCAUCUCCACCUUCCUGGUGACCAAUGCACAGUUCCCAGAGGAGAUCAGGAGCCUGGAGCCAGUGACCCAGCUGUAUGUCAGUGUGGAUGCCAGCACCAGGGAGAGCCUGAGGAGAAUCGACAGACCCCUCUUCAAGGACUUCUGGCAGAGGUUUCUGGACAGUUUAAAGGCCUUGGCUGAAAAGGAGCAGCGCACGGUUUACAGGCUGACCCUGGUGAAAGCUUGGAAUGUGGAUGAACUCAAAGCUUAUGCUGAGCUGAUAUCCCUUGGAAAACCAGACUUCAUCGAGGUCAAGUUCAAGGUGGAUGGCGAGUGGUUCACCUGGAUCGACUACGAGCGCUUCCAGGAGCUGGUGCGGGAGCGCGAGCGGAGCGGCGGCUCCAGGACCUUCACAGCGGCCGAUUACACGGCCAGGACUCCUCCCUGGGCUCUCUUUGGGGCCAGGGAGCGGGGCUUUGACCCCCUGGAUGUCAGAUUCCAGCGGAGGAACAAGGCCCGGGACGUCUCUGGCUGCUGAGCUUUGGGGCUCCGUUUCCGGCUGACGCGGAUUUUGGAUCUCCCCGUCGAUGUUAUUCCCACGUUUGCUGUUGAGCAGGAGGGUCAAGCCUCGAGUUCACCCUUCCCUCCUGGGUUUUAGGGCUUCCUGGAUGAAAAUAUUUAUAACAUUCUCUCUCCCAAAUCAGAAAUGGUCCAUGGCAGUGGUUUCUCAGCAGCCUGGUGGGGAGGCAGCGGCCGUGGCCGUGUUUGGAGUUGGAUGUGCUUUGGAGUUGGAUGUGGAGCAGUUGGAUGUGCUUUGGAGUUGGAUGUGGAGCGGGAGCAUUCCUUGGAUUCCAGUGCCCUCUGUGAGGAGAGCCUGGCACAUCUGGCCCCCAGCUUGGCAGCAAAACAUUCCACAUCCACGAGGAAAAGUGCCACAGGGAUUUCAACCCCACGAGCUUGUUGGAUCAGGGCAGGUGGGACCUGGAUCAAAGAACCUGAUCCCUGCUGGGAAUAUCAUUUUAUGGACUUAGUUCAGGUUUAUGUAUUUAAUUCCUGUAAAAACCUCAUCUCAUCCAAGAAACUUGGGAAUAAUGUGAGUAACAGCCCCCCUAUUGAUACCAGCUGUGACUUCUGAUACCUCUCCAAGUAUCUUCCAACAUCCUGGGUUUGGGAAUGGAUGUUUCUGAGCAGUGUUAUCCCACUCCCAGCAGCCCUGAACAACAUGUACAAUCUCUCAAAGCCCUGGCUGUGUGUGCCCAGUGUCCAUGGGAGCUGGACAUCAGGGAUGGAGCUCCCCCUGCUCCCCUGGGAAGCUCCACAGCCUCACUGCUGCUCUGGGUGGGGAGAACGGGGUGGAGAAGGAAACUGGACCCAGUCAAGGUCUCUGGGGUCAAGAAACCACCUCCUCUCCUUUGGAGAGGUGACAUCCAGGCACAAGGUCAGGGGUUGCUCUGGGAUACCCUGGGCACUCUGGAGGUGCUGGAGCCUGGCUGGAAAAUGGCUUUGAAAUUAGGAGAGAAUUCCCUUUCCCUCUUUGCUGCAUCCCCAGGGGUUGGAGGCUCUGUGUGCAAACCCCCUGGCACAUUCCCAGGCCUUCAGUUCCCAGGUGGCUGAACCAGGCAAGGCUCUGCCCCUUCCCAAGUGGCUCCCACCCCUCUUCCAUGGCUCCCACCCGUGGGCAGCCCCUCCUCCCUCAGGGCUCCAGGCCCUCCCUGGUGCUGCUCCAGCCAAACCCUUCCUAGGAAUGGAUGGAACCAGCAGCAGGAACAGCUUUAAUUCACACCCAGGGCUGGAGGUGGGACCACACCUCAGUCCUGCUCAGGGGGGUUUGUUUCCCUGUGGAACUCCAGCAGCUUGGAUCAAAGGUGUUCCCAGCACUCCCACCCUAAACCUUCUCAUCCCACAGAGCUGUGGAUGCUGAGGGUCCCUGGGAUGGUGAUUUUCUUUCUCUUUUAAAAGCAAGCCCGUUUCUCAAGCUGUAAAAAGUGUUUCUAAAGAAAAAAAGGAAAUAAAAGUACUUUUGCCUAGA